CAGAGGCUUUUCCGUCGCGAUUACGAAAAUGCCCGCGGUCCAUCGGAGCUGAGCUAUGGCGCCGGCACCAUUCCCACCGCCGAACCGCUCCUGCCCUCCCGCUCGCGCCCUCGCUCCGUCUCCUCCACCUCAGCUCCUCCUCCUCCUCCUCCGGCGAAGCAGCGGCUUCGGCGCCGUCCGGUUCGGAGCCCGCUGCUCGCCCCGGUCGGUUCACUUCGAGGCUCGACCGGCCGGGGUCCCGCUCGAUGCGGACGCGGGGAGGAAGAAGCGGAAGCCGAAGCCGAGCUUCUUCGAGCAAAUCCGCGGCAAGUGGACGAGCAAGACCGGUUCGGCCCGGGAGAGGUUCCCUUGGCAGGUGGAGGAGCGAGAGCCGCCGCGCGGACGGUGCGAGGACGAGGGGUUGGCGAGCCGGGAGGUGCCCGAUGAAGCUGUGAAGACGUCAACGGAGAAUGAGCGUGAUGUUGAUUCGCCGGGGACCGAUGGCGGCGUCGUGGUGCGUGCCGUUUCGGUUAAUAAGUCUACGUUGCCUCCCUGGGCGGUUCAUGGAUGUAAACCCUCGCCAGAACCCGUCCGUGGCGAUGAGAGCGACGCUUCGCGAUUAGGCUCAGGAGGAGAGGAAAUUGAGGAGGUUAGGGAGCGUUUGGAUGAUGGCAACGUCGUUGGAGCUGGCAAUUCGAUUAGCGAAGUUGAUUUUGGCGGGGGGUUCGAUGCGGAAGACGAUGAAUGGGAGAAACUGUCUGCAGUUCCUCGAAAAGGUGAAAAAUUAUCACUCGCCUUUGGAGGAUUGAGAGUGAGUGACGUUCUGUCCGAUGAGGAGGAUCAUGAGGCCGUUGUUGAGUUGGAGAAGCUUGACGUUUCUGGUGAGAGUGGUGAUAAAGGUUCGGUGGCCUUACCUUGGAAGAGAGAUGGAGAUGGAGAAGGGAGGAGGAAGCAUGUGGAUUUGGCGGAGAGAGUAAUUCCGCAACAUGAGCUCAGGAGGCUCAGGAAAAUUGCUCUCAGGAUGGUGGAGAGGAUGAAAGUUGGGGAUGCAGGGAUUACUCGGGCUUUGGUGGAUUCUAUACAUGAGAAGUGGAGAGAGGAUGAAGUGGUGAAGUUGAAGUUUGAAGGUCCCCAGUCACUUAACAUGAAAAGAACCCAUGAAACUUUGGAGAGUAGGACUGGAGGCUUUGUUAUAUGGAGAUCUGGAAGUUCAGUGGUGUUGUACCGAGGGAUGGCCUAUACGCUUCCUUGUGUCCAAUCAUACAACGAAAAAAUACAGGGCAGUGUAAGUUCUCUGAAAAAUGAGGACAUAGCCAGCGAUGUUUUUCAUAGCAAAGGAGGCCGGAUUUUAUGUGGUUCUGCAGAUUAUAUGAAGGAUCUGUCUAAGGAAAAACGCAUGGAUAUGAAUGAUCCUAACAGUUUAUUAGAUGAGUUGGGUCCACGGUUCAAGGAUUGGUCAGGCUGUGAGCCAGUUCCAGUUGAUGCUGACUUGCUCCCUUCAGAGGUUCCUGGAUAUAAACCUCCAUUUAGGCUUCUUCCUUACGGGGUUAGACAUUGUCUGAGAAACAAAGAGAUGACCAGGUUUCGUAGACUUGCAAGAACGAUGCCUCCACAUUUUGCCCUGGGAAGAAACAGAAAGCUGCAAGGUCUUGCUGAGGCCAUGGUAAAGUUGUGGGAGAGCAGUGCUAUUGCAAAAAUAGCCAUUAAACGUGGCGUGCUAAAUACUUGCAAUGAUAGAAUGGCUGAGGAACUGAAGAAUUUAACUGGGGGAACACUACUUUCUAGAAACAAAGAUUAUAUUGUGUUUUACAGGGGCAAUGACUUCUUGCCUCCUGUGGUGGUGGAAGCACUGAAAGAGAGAGAAAAGCUAACAGAUGUCCAGGCAAAUGAGGAAGACCAAGCACGUCAGAGGGCCUCAGCUGCAACUGAAACAAAAUUAAAAGCUUCUCAUAGCCCACUUGUUGCUGGCACUCUUACUGAAACUCUGGCUGCCACCUCUCGGUGGGGGAAUGAAAUAAGUAGCAAAGAUGUUGAGCAAAUGCGUAGAGACGAAUCACUCAAUAAGCACGCUGCACUCUUGAAAUAUCUUGAGAAGAAACUUGCUCUUGCAAAAGGGAAGGUCAAAAGGGCUGAGAAAGCUCUAGCGAAAGUGCAGGACAAUCUUAGACCAGCAGACCUUCCAGUUGAUCUGGAAACCAUAAGUGAUGAGGAGAGAUCUGUACUUCGUAAGAUUGGUCUGAGUAUGAAGCCCUUCCUGCUUAUCGGAAGGCGUGGCAUUUUUGAUGGUACCAUAGAGAACAUGCACUUGCAUUGGAAGUAUCGCGAGUUGGUGAAACUAAUUGUGAGGGGAAAAAGUUUUGCACAAGUUAAGCAUCUUGCAGUUUCUUUAGAGGCUGAAAGUGGUGGAGUGCUGGUAUCCUUAGAUAAGACUAUGAAAGGCUAUGCUAUCAUUGUUUAUCGUGGGAAGAAUUAUCAAAGGCCUCAUGCAGUGAGACCCAGAAAUUUGCUGACUAGAAGGCAGGCAUUGGCUCGCUCUAUUGAACUUCAGAGACGUGAGGCACUCAAGCAUCAUAUUUCAGACUUGCAGGAGCGGAUUGAGCUACUAAAAUACGAACUUGAAGAUAUGAGAGUAAACAACCAAAUUGAUGAAGAAAAACUUUCUAGAUCACUUAAUGCCGGAGCAACAAUAGAUGACACAUCUGAGGAUGAAGGAGAGGAGGCAUAUCUUAAAGUUUAUGACAGUGGUGUGGAGGACGCUUGAAGGAAUUAAGAAGCUCGUUCAUGAAAAAAAUUGAUUGUCCAGGCACCCCUGCUUGUGGUCGGAAGCAGAUUUCUUGAAUGUUGUGAACCAUUUUUGACCUGAGAGGAGUCUUUCUAAUCACAUGUAAGAAAAUUGAAAUGCAAUGUGGGUGUCUUGUGAAAGCCACCCAGCAUUCGUCUCAGCUAAUUGUAGUGAAAGAACAUCGAUGAUCGAGACAACAUUGCACCGAUUCACAAUCUUCCAACGUGCAUAUGGUGUUACGAGAGACUUGAUACAAGAAGAUGGGUCCUGUAGUGACUCGUGAGAUAACAGUAGGUGGUCCGAGAUGCUGUUGCAGUUGUUCACAACCUGGCAAGUGCACUUUUUCAAUGAGAACGUACACGGAAGAAACCGGGCAUUGGCUCUCUCACCUCAAAAAACUGCCCGCUUGCAGUUUCAGCUGAUAUUUUGCUAUUAGUUCUACAUUAUUGUGGUAGGUAACUUGAAACUCCGUCACUAGGCUCUGUAGGUACAGAUUAGUGUAGGGAUGCCUGAAACAAAGCCUUUGUAGUUACACAAGUGAGGUAAGACAUGGCACUUCGCCAAGUCACAUGCGUCAUAAACUCGUAAUCACUGUUGCGCAUGAUGUCGGCAGUUCUCACCUUGGAUGUGGCGAUGCCGGACCAAACCAACUUAAGUAUCUUAAGCCUGUAUUUCAUACAAGAUGCGAUGACAUCCCAUUUCAGAGUCGAUGCAUUUUUCA